GCAAAAAUUCAAAAAAAAAAAGGUCGGAAAUCGGACUCCGGGCCGAACUCCCGCAUUCGGAAUGAACGUCCGACAUGAUCGGCGCUGGCGGAAGGCCGUUGGACAGAAGGUAUUUUCUCGCUCUUCAUCGGCAGUUGUUCAGUCACAAUCGAGGGCAGCAUACGUCCUCGCCGUUUGCCCUGUGUCUUCACUCUCACAUGUCGUGCUGUGGGUUUGUGGGGCUCGGGAGUUGCAGAGGGUGGGCAUCAAGUUGAAGGGGUCCCUGGCUGUUUAUGUACGGGAGGCUGACAGGGAGGGUGAGCUCGAAUUCGAGCAUCCCCUCAAUUGGAGAUUGCCUGGCGUCGUGGCGCGACAACCCCUUCUGGUCCGCGCGCGCGAUUUGGCACAGGGACGAAGGGGGAGUGGCGGGGAGGAGAGAGGACCUCCGGCACCUGUAGCACGGCAGGACGGAGCGGGCCAUUCUGCAGGAGUGGGCCCUUCUGGAGGAGGGGGCCCAUCUGUAGGAGUGGGCCCCUCUGGAUCAGCGGGUCCGUCUAGUGGUGGGAGAGAGAGAGCAGGAGAGGGCCCCUCUGGGGGAGGGGGCCCAUCCGCAGGAGUGGGCCCCUCUGGAACAGGGGGCACGUCUGGUGGUGGGAGAGAGGGAGCAGGAGAGGGUCCGUCUGGGGGAGGGGACGAGUGCGGCGAGGGAGGGCCUGCAGAGCAUGCAAGGGUGAGACGUUUUGAUCCGGAGGGAAAGAUGUCAUGUGGUGCUCCUCAUGUGGAUGUUGGGAGGAGGCGACGUGAGCACGAGGUAGCGCCUUGUGCUCCCCAGGACGAGCAGCAGUGGUGGAGGGAUAGGAUGCUGCAGCGAGCGAGAAAGGAGGGCAUACAGGUCCCUGCGGACCUCGAGGAGGGGCUGUUGGGAGCCGCUGUGGAGGGGAGACAGGCACGGCACCGAGUGCCAAAGAUGACUCAGACUCGUCUGGAUGACUGGGCUCAGCACCCCAUGCAAUAUGACCUUGACAUGGCCUACAUUAGAUUCUUCGUAGGCUGUGGUGUACCGUUUAACGUCGCUAGAUCAGAGUGGUAUGCGGCUUUGCACGAUGUUUACCUCACAUACCUCUUGAGUCAGCAGUCGCCGCCCGUAUCUCUGGUUCGCCCGGGUGAGACGCGGUACGGGACCAACUACAUCAUGCUUCAUCGCCUGUUGAGCUUGCGUAAGUCUUUGGAUGGUUGUGUUAGCUCCACCGCCUGGGCGACGAGCGCGUGGCUCCCCGCAUUGAGGGACGACGCACGCAGGUGUUUCGACCUCUUGCGCGAUCCGCAGUGGUGGCAGCAGGUCGAGCUCGUCACCACCAUCAUGGGUCCUAUUUACGAGUUGCUUCAGCAGGUCGACUCAGACGGCCGCAGGGUCGGCGAUGUGUGGCGAUUACUAGAGAGCUUGAGGAUCACGCUCGAUCGACUAUCUCUUGACGAGGCUUGUCACGAGCCCAUCAAGAAGAUAGUCAAGGAUAGGUCAGAUAUGAUGCUCACCCUUAUUCAUUGUGCUGCGUACUUGUUGCACCCCAUGUACCGCAACAUCGACCUCUUGAUGCGAGGGACGGUGCAGGAGCGCAUUCUAGACUUCCAUGGCAAGUAUCCCACGACUGCUCAUUGGAGGGGACCCAUCGGGGAUGCAGAGAUCGAGCAGCCUGACUUCGAUCCCGUGAGGUGGUGGAGAUUUUGGGGGGGACGACAUCCAACACUGCGAGAUGUUGCCAUGCGCUGCUUGGGUGCGUGGACCACUGUCUCUCCUUGUGAGAGGAAUUGGUCGACGCAUGACUUCGUGCACAUGAAGAGGCGCAAUAGGCUAGGCGUCGAGCAGUUGGAGAAGCUUGUGUUUUGUCACUGGAACCUGAAGCUUGUCCAGAGCAGUCACGCACGCGGCGGGUUCAUCGGGGCAGGCCUCCCAGGGGUUGGAUUGACUGACGUGGAGAGGAGGGCAGAGGACUACUCCCGUUACGAGCCAGACGAGAUGGAGCCCGAUACAUACGACUCGGAGGAGAUCGAGAGAGAGGCCAAUCGCCUGAGGAGGCAUUCGAGAGGCAGACGCUUGGCGCGGGCCGCAGUGGCAUUGGCCCAGCGGAUUCGGCAGUGUGGCGAGGACAUGGUACACGGGGAGGAUGUGAUUGACGACGACGUGUCAUGGUUAUCGGAGCCUUAUCGGGGGGACGAGUUCUUAGAUGGGGUGCCCCCCCCGACUGUGAGCCCCGCAGGCAGGAUGCUUCCGCCACGCGCCCCGCCUUGUGAUAGAGGCGUCCCCGCACACACGCCCACAUGCGAGGCAGACUCGGACAGCCUCCGUGGAGACGAGUUUCUCGACAUGUUGGGCGCCACCAGCACGGAUGAUGACGGCGGGGGGGGUGGUCAUCCACCGGAGGCCAAUGAGCUGAGGGAGGCCCCUAGACCCCCGGAGUCCGAUGAGCUGAGGGAGGCCGCUCUUCGACCGUCCAGCGCAGGAUCCGUUGAGGGUACACUGCCUCCAUCUGUCGCACCAGCCACGGAUGAGGCCACGCAGCAUGAUACUCUCGCAGCGGCCGUGGAGCACGAUUAUCAGGGGAGGCUCAUACGACGUCCCGGAUUCACGGGUCCGCUAGACUGGUGGGCAACAUCAACUAUUUCCCAAGAUGCUGAGAAGGAUUUGGCGGCGUACCUGCCGAGACCAUUGUCGGAUUUGCCGCGGGUCGACUUGGAUGCGGAGGCUGGUGGCAUGGAGUGUCGAGAGCCCUUUGGUGCGGAGGCUGCUGCUGGGGAGGCUGUUGCCACAGAGGGAGGCGCAAAGAGAGAGGAUAUCGCACGUGCCUUGGAGGGCGCCGGUUACUCGGUAGAGGAAAUUGAGCAAACGUUGGCGGGGUACCCAGAGGGACACAGACACAGUACCCAUCAUCCGGGGAUGCGCACACGCCAGGGUGUGGAUUGUGGCCACGCACGCGCUUCUCCCUCACUGCCGCUGCUGCUUCCAAAUCCCUCUCUUGCACUGGACGUCGCAGGCGCGGGAUCGCACUCGUCUCCCGUGACGGAUGCUCAGGGUACUGGUGUACAGUGCAGUGGUCUACGGGACCAUGACUCCCCAGGCACGGGUCUUCGUCAUGCAGUUUCCCCCAUGGACUGCGGCGCGCACUCGACGAUGCCAUUGCCGCCCAGAGAUCCCUCAUUCAUCAUUGAGCCGCUUCGACCAUUCGUUGGUCGUAAGCGGAAGGCAGUGACUGCCACGGGACAGGACGGUGGGAGAUCUACAGGUCGUGGCCGAGCCAGAGGCCGACCAUCGGGAGAGGAGAGGAUAGUGGGAGAGGGUGGUAUAUCAGCAGAGCGGCGUUGGAGAGGAGAGGGGCGCGCGAGAGGAGAGGGACGUCCCAGAGGCCGACCGCCUGGACGGAGGAGAGGAGAGGGACGAGGCGCGAGGGGGGGGGUGAGGGGGAGGAGGAGGAGGAGGAGGAGGAGGAGGAGGCGGUCGAUGCGGAGAUCGAGGUCGGAGAGGGGGAUAUGUUGGGAUAGUUUUGCACAUUUUUGUCUUGUUGGUGGUUAUUGGGUUCUCAUUGCGGGAGGUGGCACUUUCUUGUACAGCAUGAUGUGGUGGCAUGUAGCAGGUGAUGGCAGGGACAUGGACUCUUAGGUCAUGGUCCAUUUUUUCCACUUUUCAUCACUUUAACAGAAGUGAUGGGUUUUCGGUUUAAGUCAGGUGUUGCCAUGAUCAUAGCGUACAAAAGGGACUGGCUUAACAUGUUAAGUCUGAAGUGACACUUCAGUCAACAGACUCAGCACCCUUUCCAAGCUUCAUGAAGCCAUAAUCGGUCUUCCGGCCGGAAUAAAUGGUGGACUACUAG